CUUUGGCCAAGGCGUCAGGAGGCAGAGAAGGAGACUUUCACGGACCAGCACGGACGAUCACAGACUGCGUUGGUAACGUUGGAGGAGUACCAGAUGCUCAAAACUGACAGCUCUGGAUCUAAGGGUAUGCACAUUAUCUCCGUAUCUCAUUGCUGGGAGGCUGAACAGCAUCCUGACCCUUUCGGAAGCCAGUCACGACGUCUGGCAGAACAGCUUCAAAGGGAGUCUAAAUGGCUCGGCCUGGACAUGUGGUGCUUUGUGGACUUCAUGUCGCUUCCACAGCACGGCCGUACCACAGAGGAGGAGGCCUUCUUCCGGAAGGCAGUAGCAUCGAUGCACGUCCUCUACGCCCAUAGGUCCGUCGAGAAGGUGAUCAUACUA